CUGUAAGCGGGUCCAUAGAUCAGUGCUGUGUAAAGCUUUGAUUUGCAAUGCAAUGAUGUGGCAGUGAGACACAAGGAACCUCGGCUUUAACUCUCUAACACAAGUUAAAGAUGGAGCCCAGAGGACAGGGUUGGCAUGAACAAGGACCACAGUAUCCCCGCUCAAGUCGCAGAGACAGAGAAGAGUCCUACAGGUCUCAUCACUCAGGACAGCAGGGACACUAUCCUUCUCCGGAUACCAGAGAAUGGGACAGACGAUGGUACACUUCAGAUCCACACUACAUGCACUACAUGAACGGUCUUCCUCCCGCACCUGAGUUCGAUCCUGCAUACAGCAGCCAAGGAUACGCACCCAAACGAACUCGCCCACACUCCAGGCUGGCAUAUGAUUAUCCUCAUCAGGACUACAGGGAUGACUAUAACUAUUAUGAUCCCAGUUACUACAGAGGACAUUAUGGAUACCCAGCAGGGUCAGAUGGCAGUGGAUGGCCAGUGCAGAGUGGCUGGAGGACAGAUGGGUAUCAGGAGCGGACAGGAGCUUCAUACACACCGCAGCAUGGGUAUGAGCUGAGAAGAGACAGUGAGCAGUAUGAUGGCACGUUUACUAUGAAAGAAAACAAAGAAAGCCUGGAGAACAGGAGUGGAACCAGAGAGCUCACAUCUCUGGCACUGAAUCUUCUCCAGGCAGGUGAACCUGGAGGCUUGGCCAGUUCCAAAACCUCUGGUCUGUCAUCCAGUACCUAUGAACUCAGCCAAUACAUUAACGGGGCUGAACCAAGCGAUGCUGCACCACCACCUCACUCAGAGCCUGAGGUCGAGUCCAAGUCGGUGGCUCCUCUGAAGUUCUGUGUUCCUCAUGUGGCUGUAAGUUUUGGACCUGCAGGGCAGCUGGUGAGAGUCGCUCCAGCUUUACCUUCUCAUGGUGAACCAGCUCAGGUGGAAAUGCACAGUCUGGAGGUUAUUCUGAGUGAAACCCAUGAGCAGAAUGAUAUGAGAGACUUUCCUGGACCUUUAGCCAGGGAGGAUCUGCAUAAGGUGGAUGUCAUUACCUUUGCCCUGCAGAUGGCUGAUCUCUGUCUAAAAGAUAAGACCGUGCUUGAUGUUUCAUCUGCUUCCCUUCUGUGGCAUCUACUGGUACUGCUGUGUAGACAGAACGGGAGAAUUGUAGGUUCGGACAUUGCAGAGCUGCUGGUUAGAGGAAAUCGCUCUGUGGGAGUGUGUGAUGGAGACGGUGAACAGCUGGGCGUAGAGAGCCUGAUUGAUCUGAGUGAAACUUCAACACCGGAGACAGAGAGCCUGAACGCUUCAGAUCUGCUGACCGGAAAACCUCUCACUAAUGAAGAAACAUCAAAACAAAACAUCGAUAAUUACACCAAACUCCUGCUGGCUGGGAGAAAGAAGGAGGCGUUGGAAUCAGCUAUGCAGAGUGGUUUAUGGGGUCAUGCCCUGUUUCUGGCCAGCAAGAUGGACCGCAGGGCCUCCAGCUCAGUACUAAGCAGGUUUACAGGCAGUCUCUCUCCCAGCGAUCCACUCCAAACCCUCUUCCAGUUCCUUUCUGGAAAGGUUCCAGCUGUUUCAGUGUCGUACAGUAAUGAGAAGUGGGGUGACUGGAGGUCUCAUCUUGCCGUCAUGUUAUCCAAUGAGACGGGAGAUUCUGAAAAUCACUGCAAGUCUAUUGUCACACUGGGUGAUACGCUAGCCUCCAGAGGUCUACUGCAUGCGGCUCAUAUCUGCUACCUCACAGCUCACACUCCAUUCAGCUGGUACAACAACAAAACACAUCGUCUGGUGCUACUGGGCAGCAGUCACAGUGCUUCAUUUGCAAAAUUCUGCUUGAACUCGUCUAUCCGCUGCACUGAGGUGUUCGAGUAUUGCCAGAGACUCGCAGACCCGUCCUUUAUCAUCCCUUCAUUCCAGGUGUAUAAGUUCCUGUAUGCAUGUCGGCUACUGGACUGUGGUCUGAUCUCACAGGCAUUUCAUUACUGUGAGCUUGUGGCUAAAGCACUGCUCAUCAUUGAUGAACCACACAUGGUGCUACUACAGGAAGUAAUAAAGUUGGUGGACAGACUAAAACACUCAGAAACACAGCUCAGCGAGACCAGUGCUGAUCCGGACUGGCUGGUUCUCCUGCGACAGCGACUCCAUGACCAGCAGAUGGAGAACUCUGGGAGUAGUGGUGUGUACCAAAUAGCAACUGAAGGCAAUGUUUGGGACAAAGAAGAGAACAGGGACCAUCCAGCUCCUGACCCAGGAGUCAUGUCAGGAGAUUUGCCUACCACUGAGAUGAUGCAUACCUCUCGUCCUGAGGAUAAUCUUAGAUCUGAAGAGUCGCAGUACUAUCAACCUCAUUCCUCCCAUGCCUCCAAUGAGCAGUCUUACAUCCCUAACCAAACUGAUCCCUCCUCUACCUCUUACCCACAACAAGGUCCAUCGUACACAUCCUACCCCUCAGAGCAACAGCCUUUCCCCCCGGUAACCCAACGACAUACUUCUGAAGAACAUCAGACUAAAAUGUAUGCACCAGUGCCCAUGUACUCCCUCCAGAACAUUUCUGCACCUUCACCAGAUGCAGUUCAGAGCACUGUUUAUAAUCCUGAUGCUUCAUACCAACAAAAUGCUGCCAGUCCAGAUCAGAGGAGCCGUAGUAACACAGAUGUUGGAUUCUCUGCUGGUACAAACAUGAUGGAUGCUUACGAAAAUGGUUCUGCUCUUGGUGGUGUUGACCUGGAUACGACAACCACAUCUGAAGCUGAAACAAAGGAAACAACCAGUCAAAAAUCAGAGGAAACAAAGUCUGGAUGGUUUAGUGGAUGGUUCAGGUCAAAGCCUAAAGAAACUCCACAAGAAAAUCCACAAACCAAGUCUGUUCACAAGGAGUCACCAUUCGUCUCUGCUUUUCCCACCACACCAAUGGUCUCUCCUGCCAUGCCACCAUCACAACCUACAGCUGCUGGUGUCAAUCCCUUCUCUAGGAAAGCUGGUCAAAAGCUGCCGGGAGGUAACAUGGGACAGAAUAUCACCUAUAUGUCACAGGGUCCCUAAUGCAGCAUGUCACGUAGGACUCUUCUCUGUAUGUGGAGUUCAAACCCAGUGGCCGUCUGCAGGGUCUGGACUGGAACAUCUCAUCCAGUGGGCACCUCACUUAAAGCACAGUGUAAUUAAUCAGUACUCAUCGGCUAUCAGAAUGUUUUAUCAUAAUUAUCGUUGAUUUUGUAAAUGUGUAGAUUUUGUUUUGAGACAACUGAUUAGUAGGUGAUUUAAAUAUACAGAAUAGUAUUUGUAUAUCAGUGUUAUGUAUAUUUGUUAAUUCCUAAAGUUUUACAGAACUUUAUUUGCACUAAUACCCCUGAUGUUUGGUAAUUGACACCAGACAGUGGGAAUUAAUAAAAAGAAAAUACUUGA